AUGAACAUCCUCCACUCCACCUUAUCAACCUGGCGGGAUCGCCUGGCCCCCGUCUCCCGCACCUCCACCUUCCGCACCACCGGCCAAAUCACCCCAGAGGAGUUCGUCCUGGCAGGCGACUACCUCGUCUACAAGUUCCCGACAUGGGCCUGGGCCGACGCCUCCUCCCCCGCCAAGCGAGUCUCGUAUCUACCCCCAGGAAAGCAGUUCCUAGUCACCCGCGGGGUCCCCUGCCACCGACGGCUGAACGAGAACUUCGCCGGCGACGCAGGCCACGAGGACGAGAUCGUCCGGGAUAUGUUGUCCGGUGCGGACGCGGACGACGGCGACGGGUGGCUGCGUACAGGCGGGGGCCGCGAUCUGGCCGAGAAGCAGGCGGAGCGCAUAAAGGAUGUGCGGACAGUGGAUGAAUCAGGGAAUAUGGGCGAGCGGGAGGACGAUGAGGAGGAUAUCCCGGAUAUGGAGGACGAUGAUGAUGACGAGGAGGCGAUUAUCCGGGAGCCGGCGGGGAAGUCGACGACGCAGCCAAUCCGCACUUAUAACCUCUACAUCACAUACUCAAACUUCUACCGCACCCCGCGCCUCUACCUGUCCGGCUACCUUUCUCCCUCCGAACCCCUCCCCCCGCACCUCAUGAUGGAGGACAUCGUCGGCGACUACAAGGACAAGACCGUGACGCUGGAAGACUUCCCCUGGUUCGACGGCGGCCUCAAAAUGGCCUCCGUGCACCCCUGCCGCCACGCCUCUGUCAUGAAGACCCUCCUCGACCGCGCCGACGCAGCCCUCAAGAUACGCCGCGAUAAGCUCAAGCAGGCGCAUUCGGCGGCUGAGGCGAACAGGAUCAACUCCGAGCGUGGGCUGGAGGGCUUGGUGGACGAGACGCGGGGCCUAUCGCUGAAUGAGCAGCAGGGGCAUGCGGCCGGUGGAGAUGAAUGGGAGGUGCUGCAGCAUGACGAGGAAGAUCAGGUUGCUAUCCGGGUUGAUCAGUACCUGGUUGUGUUUCUGAAGUUUAUCGCUAGUGUGACGCCCGGGAUUGAACAUGACUUUACCAUGGGUGUAUGA